AUGGAGUACAGAUGGCUUUCGCCUCAGUGUGUGGCGCACGCGGGCAGCCACGCCCUGUGUGCUCCUCGUGGGGACAAGUGGCCUACGGCUGUGUUUGGGGAGCGGCCACCGUCCCGCUGCCACAACCCCACGCCUCGUGGCACCGUCCUCCGUGGCCCGUCCCGGACGCUGCACCGGCUCGGCGGCGCUGAGGCGGACGCGAGGGGCGGCGCGGGCCUGGCGCGGGACGGCGACACCUGGGGGCUGGCCUCCAACAGGUCCGGAGCCAGCGGGACGGAGAGAGCCGCCCCCCGGGGUGCGCUCCCCUCCACCUCCCGCCGAGGCCGGAGCGCGCCCGCCCGCCCUGCAGGGGUCUCCGCAGCCUCGGGCUGCAGGGACACGCCAGCCGGCCGGCGGAGGCCGAGGGCGCGCGUCAGGCAACGCGGCCGGACCCGAGCCCCAGCCCAGAGGGCUGCGGAAACGAGCAGGGACGCGGGGCGGCGGGCCGGCCCCCGGCCGGAGCCCAGUCCCGGGCGGCCGCACGCACCCAGCCCGCCGGAUGAAGGUCAGCGGUCAGCCCGGCCCCCCGGCCCCUCAGCCCAGCAGCCCGCGGCCCCGCGUGAGGAGACGAUACAGUUGCCUCUGAUGUGUCUGCAAUUAGCAUAUCCCACACCAAAGUGCUUUUUGAGAUGCAUGGACAAUUACACAGGAGCUCACUGUAAAGAGGUUUUCCUCCCAAGCGCUAGCACCCAAAAGAAACCCGGCCUGCUUGCAGCUUCUGUGGCUCUGGCGGUUCUUCCAGGAACUUACCGCUGGAGCCCCUACUGCCUCUGCAGGUGA